AUGGCGACGAUAAAUUCUGCGUCUACUACUGGCGCCGAUUUCGCCUCCGACUUACGCCGCCGAAAUGUCGCCCACGCGGAAAGCCCAGGCAAAGGCCUGUACGAGCCUCUCGAAAAGGAACGGAAGGCCAAGAACUCUUCGUAUCUCUCUGUGUUGGAUCGCUGGGAGUCUCUAAUCGUGCCCGUCAUCCUAACGGCUCUGGCUAUCUUCACGCGAAUGUACCGCAUUGGCCGCUCUAAUAUCGUGACGUGGGACGAAGCACAUUUCGGAAAGUUUGGCUCGCAUUAUCUGAAACGCGAAUUUUACUUCGAUGUACACCCACCGCUUGGGAAGAUGCUCGUUGGAUUGUCCGGUCUUUUGGCUGGUUACAAUGGGUCUUUCGAGUUCAAGUCCGGCGAAACAUACCCCGAGGACCUCAACUAUACUUUUAUGCGCGUCUUUAAUGCUGCAUUCGGAGUCGUCUGUGUGCCACUGGCGUACUACACCGCUCGCGAACUUGGUUUCCGGAGAGCUACCGUCUGGCUCGUCAGCUUGAUGGUCUUGUUCGAGAACUCGUAUGCCACUAUCUCCCGAUUCAUUUUGCUUGACUCGAUGCUUCUUUGCUUCACCUUCACCACGACCUUCUGUUGGGCAAAGUUCCACCGCCUGCAGCACGCCAGCUUCACGCCUGAAUGGUUCACUUGGCUUUUCUUGACUGGAAUCAGCAUCGGCUGUGUCUGCAGUGUGAAGUGGGUCGGUCUCUUCUGCACUGCUCUGGUUGGACUUUACACUGCCGAAGACCUCUGGAAUAAGUUUGGUGAUCGCAGAAUCUCGGAUGUCACUCUUGGGAAACACCUCGUUGCUCGCGUGAUCGGAUUGAUUAUUGUGCCUGCCCUGGUCUAUAUGUUCUCCUUCUAUGUGCAUUUCUGGAUCCUCGAGAACAGUGGACCGGGAGAUGCGCAGAUGAGCUCGCUUUUCCAAGCUAACUUGAAAGGCACGGAGGUCGGCAAGGAUAGUCCUUUGGAGGUAGCCUUUGGCUCCCGCGUCACGAUUAAGAACAGGGGCUAUGGUGGUGGACUUCUUCAUUCUCAUGUCCAGACAUACCCGGAAGGCUCCCAACAACAGCAAGUUACUUGCUAUCACCACAAGGAUGCGAACAACGAUUGGUUCAUCUACCCGAACCGCAAUGAGCCCGACUACGAUGCCAAUGCUCCGCUGAAGUUCCCCGGUGACCGCGAUGUCAUCCGCCUUAUUCACGGACAGACCGGACGUAACCUGCACUCUCACGCCAUAUCUGCUCCUGUCACGAAGUCGCACUAUGAAGUCUCCGGUUACGGAAAUAUCACCAUCGGGGAUGAGAAAGACCACUGGGAAAUCGAGGUUGUGGAUGACGCUGCCUCGAGGGAUAGGAGCAGGGUUCGGACCCUCACGACGGCUUUUAGAUUGCGACACCCUGUUCUGGGCUGCUAUCUUCGAGCGGGCAAUGUUAACUUGCCUCAAUGGGGCUUCAAACAAAUAGAGACGACAUGCGUGAAGGAAAACAAGCCCCGGGAUGUUUACACUCACUGGAAUAUUGAGUCCCACUUCAAUGAGCGACUCCCACCCGGUGACCCUGGAUCUUACAAGUCUCCGUUCUUCAAGGACUUUAUUCACCUCAAUGUUGCUAUGAUGACGUCCAACAAUGCUCUUGUCCCCGACCCGGAUAAGCAGGACGAUCUGGCCUCCAAGUUCUGGCAAUGGCCGAUCCUCAAUGUCGGUCUUCGCAUGUGUUCUUGGGAUGAUAACACCAUCAAGUACUACCUCCUUGGAAAUCCCUUUGUCUACUGGGGCAGUACUGCUAGUCUUGGGGUCUUCGGGCUAUUGGUCCUCUGGUAUCUCGUGCGGUGGCAGCGUGGAUACAAUGACCUGACGCAGGGUGAAAUCGACCACAUCCAUUAUUCUGGGAUAUACCCUGCCAUUGGAUGGGUGCUCCAUUACAUCCCCUUCGUUGUUAUGGCACGCGUGACAUACGUCCAUCAUUACUACCCGGCUCUUUAUUACGCCAUCCUGACGUUUGGAUUUUGUACGGACUGGCUUACCCGGAAUGCUCACAAUAAGGUCUAUUGGGCGAUACACAUCGUUCUCUAUGCCGUUAUCAUUGGGCUGUUCACAUACUUUAGGGUCAUCGUGUUCGGUAUCGAAGGUUCUAGCCAGCAGUGGGCUCAUCUGGGUUGGUUGAGUGGCUGGCGGAUUGCCAACUAA